AUGCCUCCAGGAUAUGUUCUCAGUCAAGUAGCUCCUCCUCGAGUCGAAGAGCCAGAGGAACCACUCUAUGUCAAUGCAAAGCAGUAUCAUCGUAUCCUGAAACGAAGAGCCGCUCGAGCUAGUCUCGAGGCCGAGAACCGAUUGCAACAGCGUGGCCGCAAGUUCCUCCAUUUGUCCCGUCAUAACCAUGCCAUGAGACGCCCACGUGGUCCUGGAGGACGGUUCCUUACAGCAGCUGAAAUUGCCGCUAUGCAGGAAAAGGAACGUGCUAAUGAAGACCAGAGCAGGGGCCAACAAAACGGUGACAACAAUAACAACACCAAUGGUAACAAUGGAAGCACUGACAACCAUUCAGCCACCUCAUAUCAGGCCCAGCACCAUAGGCAGCAACUCAAGCAAGAAGAACUAUACCAGCAACAGCAGCAGCAACAACAGAAAAUUCAACAGCAACCACAAUACCAUCAGCGCCAACCCUACAGCACUGGGGUAUAA